CACACGUAGAGAACGAUGGGAUACAUGGUCAUGGAACACACAGGACUGCAAUGGCGAGCCUAGAAAGAAGUAGUCCAUCGAUGUUUCUGGGCCAGUCCUGGUCCAGUUGGGCCGAUAAGGUCACAAAUCAGGAAGAUGAAGAUGCAGAAAACGACGAGAAAAGUGACAGGACAGGUGAAGAAAUGGUGCCUGAAAUGUCGCGAGAAAAGGAGGAGCCACAAGUAAUGAGGCUGAAGAUGGAGGAUUCUCCAAUGUUUGGGCUUUGUCCAGCAAGGGAUGAGUUCUACCUGGUGGUGUGUGAGCAGUGUAAACAAGUGGUCAAACCUCAGGCAUUACAGAGGCAUAUAGAGUUCCGCCAUGGGAAGCCUCCGGACGGACCACUGCCUCCUCUGCCUAUUCCUGCUCCUUUGGGAGGCACCUCGUCACCCACCUGCAAUAAGCAGAUAAUGCAUGCACAUCGGAAAACAGGCAGAUCGGUAUCAAGACCACCCUCUCGGUCAAACUCUCAUCCGCUGUUUGUGUCGCUGCCACAAGUUGCAAACUCCCCUUCCCCGGAAUCUGAAACAAAAAGGACACAAAGCGUGCCUGAUUUAAUCGCUGCCGCAAAGCCUUCCAUAGACAUUAGUCCCAUGAGGCAAUUGGAAGAUCACCUGCGGCAACCCCACAGCACCUCACCACCGCCACCUCACGACCCUCACAUACCGUCGCAAGGGUCUCCUCCGUCUUCAAACCACGAUGUACUUUCAGCUCCAUCUUCUCCCGUGGAUACAGUACUUUUAGAUUCGCCGUCUCUGAGUGGGAUAACAUCCUUUUCCUCCCUCCAGACAACAGAACUCUCGCAGGAGCUAUCCAUUCAAGUGCCAUCUCAAGAUGACUCACUUGUCAAUAGAACUGUGCCCUCUAUUGAUACAAACUAUGCAGGUGAAAACGUGGAGGUUGUGUUAGCGUCUCCUCCUGUACAAACCAUGCCUGUGCCACUAACAUCAGCAGAGAGUUUAUCAACGUCCCUUUCCACGCCUCAUAUUAUCUCACUCCCUCUUGCUGACACCCUUCCACAGGUCCAGCUCCAAUCAGAAGCUUCAAAUCUUAUCCAAAUCAGCCACCCAAGCUCCACAAAUUACUCCCCAGUCAAGCCACGCCCUAUAGCUAUUACCCCUACUCCUACCCCUCCACCGGCACCAUCAGUAACCCCUCCCACUCCCAAGUCAUCUGGGAAGAAGAAGAAGGUCAACACAGUCAAGUCAGAUAAGAAUGUCCCUUGUAAAGAUCGACGGUAUGAUCCUGAUAAACAUUGUGGCGUGUGGAGUGAUGAGCAUAAGAGACAUUGCACAAGAUCUCUUACUUGCAAGACCCACUCGCUAUCCCUACGAAGGGCAGUGCAGGGGCGGCGGCUUCCAUUCAAUGAACUUCUGGCCGAGCACAAGGCUAGGUCUCAGGCCCUUGCUGCUGCCAAGGCUGCUGCAGCUGGUGGUGCAACUCCUGGAGCAACUACCACAACUGCCACCUCUACCAACACCACUGUCCUCAGCAAUAACCGUAGCAAUGCAUCAGGUGGAACCCACCCCUCGAUCUCAAAGUCCAUCAAGAAGGAAAUUGUAAAUCCACAGAAUCUUGGAGGAACUCCCACUGUACCUGUUCUACAUGGCCCUGGUCCUACUCCUAUUAUUAUCAACUCAUCUUCACAUCCUCUCAAGAGGGCACUGUCGGUGUCAACCGCAUCAUCCUCCAUUCAUCUGGUGCGGGAUGACUCCUCCUCCUCCCCCUCCUCGUCGCUGGUAGUGGUUCCUCUGGAUACCUCUCAGCAGAAUCCAGCCCCCCUCAGGCAGCAGGAGCACCACCCCUCCCCGACACAUCAGAGGCUAUCGUCUCAGGGUGUGGAAGGAAAGGAGGCAGGAGACAGACUAGACUCUCCUUGCACUCAUCAUCAUCCAAGGCCUUUUGCUAUGUGUACUUAUGGCUCCAAGAGGACGGAGCAAGGUAUGGUGGUGCUUAACAGACGGCAGGACCGUCUCAGGGCAGCUUUAGCUGGUCUGGUGGAAAGACAACUCAAACCGCCUCCAUUGAAGAAAGUGUGUCACUCUCAGGAAUCAGCAGUUGUACCAAAUCUUGCCAAGAACGGCAGCAACAUCACCUCAGUGCCUCCCAAACUUACAAACUCACACAUGGACCAAGGCCUCCUUCAUUCAGCGGUGCCAAACGCCAAGCUCUCCAAGUCCAGUACCUCCAAGAGCAAGAAAUCAAAGGCCAGUAGGUCGGAAAAGAGCGGCGAUGGGGGUUUCUCACACCAAGUCAAAAAUUCAAAAGUACGGAGGAAAAGCGGGAGCAGUGCAUCGGGGGGUGUCUCCCCCGCGAUUAUUCAGAGCAGCAGUGCAAGUAACAUAGUGCAUAACAUUUUUGCUGUGUCCUCGAAUAGCAACGUGCCGCUUGCAAUAGCACCGACCACGUACACGGUGGUGGGUGGCAAUGGACUUCAAUCUGUGGAUAUGAUUAAUAUGGAUAAUAAUACAAGUGUAGCGGAUAUGCAAGGACAGCUCUUGAAGAACCUGAGAUUUGUGGUGACAAACAUUGAUAAUACAAACAAUGCUGCAGGAGCGUCGCAACCUGCAAUCACAUUACCGAUCCUCAAUGCCGUCGGCAACGCGCCUAUGGUCAUUGGGAACAUAGGAGCAUUGCAGCUCCACGAUGGUAAAAUGAACAUCAAAUCCAGGACAAAGAAUGUUGGAAGUAAGAAUCUUGAGAGACAAAGUUCAAGAACUCGUAAGCCUUCAGGGAGUGGCAUUGUGCAUUGUUCUCCUCAGCAGACAGUGCAGAUAGGUACAGUUCAAGGAGAUACAAUCAUUGUUCAGGAUCAAGGUGUCAUUUCUAGCAUGAGGAGUUCUCCUAGUCCUGUUCAAAGACCAGAGUCUGCAAGUCCUCAGUUGACAUCCCUCCCAAAUGGCAUCAUUCCAUCUCCCGCUGGCACCGCCCUCUACACUGGCAACAAGGUGUAUGGUGGCAGUUCGGCAGGUAAUGCAGUGGUAGGAGUCGGAGCAAGCGGUGGCGUGGUAAUGGUUGAUCAGCAUCACCCUCAUCACCAUCAACACCACCAACCACAGCAUCAUCAUCAUCACCAGCAGCAGCAACAACCACAGCAACAGCAGCAGCAGCUACCAGGGGAUAUUACUAGCCCAAGUGGUACAAGUACCCCUAGCCCUGGGGGAAACUCUACCGAGACCUCUCCCAGCGGAAGCUUUCAGUACAGCUCAGGAAUCCAAAGUCUAAGUGCAAACAAAUCUUUUUCAUCCUCCAACUCUUCCAAGUCCAGCAGUGGUAGCCGCAAACAGCAGCAGAACGCCAAGACAAGCAGCGGUGGAGCAAUUUCGGGAGGUGGAGCUCACACCAACCAACAUCCGACCCCCUCGGUCCAACCCAUCCCAUUCCAAGUACCCAUACAGCACAUCAUGGCCAACCUGAUUGAUGCCCAGGGGAAAUCUUUAAGUGCCAUCAUCCCUGCCAAUCAUCAACUCUUCUCCAGCAUCCAGCUCCAGCAGGGUGGGGGUGGGGCUUCUGCUGCCACCCCCGGUGCACCUGUCAUGCAGGGUGUGGUAGCACCGGGAGACCACCAGAACAAGGCAUCAUCACCACCCACGGUUGCUGGAGCAGCUGCAUCCAUCCUCGCUCAGCAGCCUUUAGCCUUGUCUCUGCAGCAGCAGACAGCACUUCAUCAUCAUCAGGCAGGGAAUCAACCUAUCAGGUUACAAGGAACAGGGCUUGCUACUGUCGCAUCGGUUGGCGAACAUACAGCUCAGGUGGUGUUGAGUCCAAGUGGAACAGGGGAUCCGAGACAGGAACUUAAACUGCAUCAUUAGCAUGAAUGAAAUGGUUUAUCCUAAAGCAGAAGCUUGCACUAUGUCCAGGGUUUAGGAUGUCAUACUCUAAACACACUCUUUCCUCCAUUUGUCCCACUCUGUUUAAUACUCCUGAAAUAAGUCAUGUGGACAAAUCUAAAUUUUCUAAUCAGGCAUGGAUACCGUGCAGCUGAUCUGAAAGUUCUUUUCUAAACCCAUUUCUAUGUAAUACAAUGACUUCCAAUUCCAGAUCUAGAUAUUUAAUGAAGUCUAAUUAUAAUUGAAAUAUAACAAUAAUGAUGAAAUAAAAAUAUGAAAAUAGUCUUGAUGACAUAUUUUACUCUUAAAUUGCACAAGUAGAUAUAGAAGUUAAAACAACAAAGGAUUGUUUGAAAGGGGUGUGAACCAAAACAAAACUUAACUUCCAUUGUAAAAACCUGAUAUUUGUACCAGAUCAGUGCAUAGCUCUUUUGAGGAAGGUUGGGUCUUUAGAAUGUCUUCAGUAUAACUUUUCUAUCCAUGUUUUUAGACAAUGGAUACUGAUGAGGGUGCAUUUAUCGGGAAAGACCUAAUCUGCUUUUGAUGGAAAGCUUCAAUUCACAUCGGUUUGAAAUGUCAUAUUGUGGAUACAAACAGAUUUGCUAUUGCUUCUCAAUUCAACAAAUGGUGAAAUGCAAUAGUGAUUCAUCUCAAGUCACUCAAUCUAUAGUAGUUUCGGCAAAAUGUCAUUCAUUACCUGUAUGUGUGAGUAUACAUGCAGAUCAUUGUGUUCCUAUCUAGACGAUUGGAGUUGAUCAGAUGGAUCGGGAAAAUUGGUGAGAGAGAGAGAGAGAGAGAGUAUUUGUUUUGUAUCAAAUGGGCUUUCAGUGCAGUCCCCCUGAAUACUGGUAUUAAAAGAACACUUUCAUAUCUGAUGCAAGAUUAAAUACCUGAACAUGUUGAUUUGUGUCUGUUUAAAUGAGAUGAAUUAAGAAGAUCCUUGGAUGUUUGGAGUCUGCGGGAAACAAGUAUCAAGCCAUACUUCAUCAAAGAACAAUAAAUGUCUUUGACAACAUUCAAGAUGCAAGCUAUGUUUAUAGGUAUGCCAAAAGAACCUAGUCAAGUUUCUUUGGUAUAUUUACUGUUGAUUAUUGGAUUAAUGAGAGCGGUUUGUAGCCAAUUUUCUGCAGAUUCCUUUACAUACAUCACCAAGUGGUGACUAUUACGAUGGAUUAAUAUGAAUGGAAUCAACAAUAAACUAUUUAAAUCUCAUCAAUAUAGGUGCCUGGGAGGAAUAUGCAAUUAUUGACGCAAACACGAAGAGAAAAGGUCAGAGCUUCUCUCCUGUUUUUUAUUUUUAUUUACUAAGUGCAAUUUUUCAUGAAAUCUCUGUGAAUUGAGGAGAGAACCAUUGAUCAUUGUGAGGUUUGACUUGCAGACAGAAAGCUUUGAAUGUUGAUUAUAUUCAAAUUUUAUGUCAUGUCAUGGAGAUGUAAUAUUAUGUCAGUUUUCAGACCAUCGAUUAUGACUUGUGCUAUGUGAUAUGUGCUGUAGAGAGGUUUAAAAAAGAGACUAUAUUCAGCUAUGAAGUGAAGUGAACUUAAUGGCUAUAUCAUGCCGUGGUAAUUAAGAUAGCAAUGUAUUUAACAGAUAAUCAGGUUUAAAGCAAGGCUUGAGGAGGAUAUUUGUUGCUUUGCACUCAGCAUGUUUUGUAAAAGUAGCUUAAAAUUGGUAGAAUGAUUUCCAAAGAAGGGUUGUUGUAUGUGUCCAUGUCUCUACACUCUCCAUAUGGCCAUAUAUGGCUUACAAGUUUCUGCCAAGCUAUGCUACAACAAAUCCAUGUUGCUUACAACCUUCCUGCUGCCAUAUUUUUGUUUCAUAACCGAAUUAAUUUAUUCUGCCUUAUUUAUUCAGCUUUUUGUAUUAGUCUACUUAAAUAUAGUCAUAUGGUAUAAUGUAGUUAUUAGGUUUUGCCAAACCAUUCAGUAGCAAAUCGCAUAUUAUUGGGAUUUGAGAGAUACCAUAACCACCUUGCUAUUUAAUGAAAUAUAGAUUUAAAAUAAUGACAGUCUUAGUUGUUGUUGUUGUUCGUUAAGGUUCAUAGGAACCUUGGGUACAAUAUAUAUUAUACACUUUUUCCCCCACAAUAUAUCAAUUUCUGCUUGUUCUUUUUACAGAAUUGUGGUCCUUCUUGUAAGUUUAUGUUACUUCAGCACCAUUGCUUUCACUUCACCAUACAUUUGAAGAGCUUAUUUAUUUGAUUUUUCUUUUCUCCCCAAAAUUUCCCCAUCAUUAUCUAAAACUGAUUUUAAAUUGAGGUCUACUCUUAUGCUGUGAGAUAGUAUUAGAAUAUGACAAAAGACUGCUAAUUUCUUUAACUCUAAACUGUGGCUUGCAUAAAACUGUCUUUUAGCAUAGAACAUACCAAAGAAUAAGCUUGGAUGCUGAAUCUUAUUUGCGUUAAUCUAUACAUCGGAAUCUCACUUUACUUGUUCUGUCAAAUAGGGCCCAUAGGAACAUCUUUGUGAACAAUAAUAGAAAGAAAAAGAAAACAUAUUGACAUAUGCCUCCCCCCUGUUAUGACCUUAUUUUGUUCUAUUUAUUUCAUUAUGAAUUAUGAAUACUGUACAUAGGGUCUGCAUCAUUCUUUGGGGGGGGGGGGGGGGAUCAUGUCCUAUAUAUUUUUCAAUUUUUAUUUUCUUUCUUAUUCAACUUGUUUUCUGAAAAUAUUCCUGACCUUAUGGUUAAAACGCUUAAUACCCCAGUCUUAUGAUUCAGGCUUGCCCGGCCCGCACAGAGUGUAUGCACAUUCUCCACUCUGCUAUCAGCUUGUUUAUUUAUUAUCUGACUCGUAGCGUAGCAAUCAAUAGUUUGGUAGACAUGAUGUUCAUGUCUGCUGUCUUUACCUUGCCAAGUCAUAAUAGUACAUCUUUUUUGUUUCUUCACUUUGUUCUGUCGUGCCAAACGGGUGAUUGCUUUUUGAAUAUGAUUUGCACGUCUUGUACCCUCCCAGUGGAGGAGUAGAAACCUCCCAUUGAAUCAAGCUAGUCCUUUAUAGAAAUGCAGCUGUCACAGAAAAGUAUCACCGUAUUAACUUGUAUGUAGGACAUUUUUCUUGUUUGUAAUGUAUCAUCUCUCAGAGUAAGAGACUUCUGUUUAGUUUGCUUUAGUCCCAUGUAAUACUAUUUACCGGUAAUGUAGUUAUUUCACGUCCAUGCACCUUUUAUUGUUGUUAAGAACACCUCAGAAACUGUCAAUCUCAUUCUUGUCUUGACCUGAUUCACCGUGAUUAUAUCUCGUACCAGCUUGGAAGGAACCCAACAGAAUUAAUAAUGUUUCAUUGGCUGGCAAUUGAUAAUUUACAUUUCUUGCUAAACAGAAUUGGGACUUUUAUUUCUAUAUAUAAUAAAAUGUAAUGUCUGAUUGAUUCAAUAUCCUAUAUUUCUUUAACAAAUUGAUUAAUACUGUUGUAUAAGAUAUAAGACCAACUAUCAGAACAGAAUUGUACACAAUAGCAAAAUGAUUUUUGAUGAAAAAUUUUGAAAAAAGUGUUGUUUUUAUUAAAAAGUUUAAAAAGCAUCUUAAUCCUAUACAUGUAUCACAACAAACACAAUAUGGUUGUUGGUUAUCUGCAAGUAACUUCUUUUCAAUACUACUUACAAUUUCCCCUUAAUUAAUUUAGUCUGUGAUAUUAUCUCCCAUUUAAGUUAUCAAAUAAAUGAGUAUGAAAUGGUGUUCAGUCUAUAAGAUUACAUGCGCUCAUCGUCAGAAUUUGACAUUUUGCAAAAUAGCACAAAAGUUUAAAAUAGUUUGAUCUUUUGCAGUCACAACAUUCCAAUCUUUAUACUUCAGCAGGGCUGUAAGCAAGUUCAAUCGGGUUGUCCUUUUUUUCUUCUUCUUGUUUUGCUAUUGUCAAUGUAAUUAAAUAUUGCAUUCAGUAAAGUACUAUCUCACCACUAUCAAGCCAUACAUUGAAGAAUAUUGCAAGCUUUACAUAAAGUCACCUCUUCAAGGUUUUAUCCUUUGUUGAAAGUCAAUACGCAAAACAGAAUACAGAUUGGAAG